AUGAAGAUAAACCUGAUUCAACAAUCUACAAAGGAAAGCAUUAAUUCAAUUGUUAUAUGGGCCAUUGGUACAUACUCUGUUAAAGAAGAUAAUGAUAAAUUUGAAAUAAUUAUAUUUGUACCAAUUGACCCUAAUGUUCAAAAUCCUGACACUCAUGCUGUUUUUGAAAAAAUGAAUAUUAUGUUAUUAGAAACUAACAAAAAUCUUGAAGCUUUAGCUUCAAUAAAUACAUCAAGUCUAAAUAAUAAAGAUUCAGAUUUUUAA